UUUAUUGAACCCUCAUUUUCUUUUACUAUCUUUUGUUGCAUACUCCAAUUGCAAGCAAUGUCUAUGGUGGAAGUGAGAGUUCCAAACUUGGAUUGUCAUGGAUGUGCUUCAAAGCUCAAGAGAGCUCUUUUCAAGCUUAAAGGAGUGGAAGAAAUAGAAAUAGAGAUGGAGAUGCAAAAGGUAGUGGUAAAAGGCUACGGCUUGGAAGAAAGGAAGGUUUUGAAAGCCAUCAAGCGAGCCGGGAAAGCAGCCGAGCCGUGGCCAUAUCCGGGUUACUCCUCCCAUUUUGCUUCAUUUUACAAGUACCCGACCCAUAUCGCCAAUCAAUACUAUUACGACAGGAAUGAAGCUACAGGACACAACUUGCACGCCUUCUUUAACACCCCUUCGGUUUAUUCACUCGCUAUUGCCUCUGAUGAAGCCGUCGCGUCACUGUUUAGUGACGACAACCCUCAUGCGUGUGCCAUCAUGUGAAAGGAUGUUUGUUUGUUUGUUGGUUGACUAAUUUUGUUCUAGCUAGUUAGUUUUUAUCAUUGAGGAGCAGAGUAAUGUAUGCGGAGACAAUAUUUAUAUAUUUUGACUUGGUUGAGA